AUGGCUGCUUAUAUUUAUGCAUGUCAAGUUAAUUAUUGUUGUUUGAAAAAACCUCCUAUACCCAAAUUUAAAGAUUUGAGAACUUCUGUUUCAUCUACUUUCAAGCCAUUUUUGUCAAAUUUGGAUCAUUUGGAUGUACCAAAAGUUAUUAAGGAAAUUUCUUUCAAAUUAUUGGAUAAUUUUGUAGAUUUGACCUUUGAAUUUGUGGACCAACCUUUGCUCCCAUCUCAGAGUAAUUUUGCACCUGUCGAAGAGAUUGGAGAAGCUGUGAGAGUCACUACAAUUCAAGGGGAAAUUCCAAAUGAUUUCCCAGAGGGUGUUUACAUAAGAAAUGGAGCAAAUCCUCUUUUUGGAGGACUAAAAUCAACCAAGUCAAUAUUUGGAAAAUCAAGCCAUUUAUGGAUUGAAGGUGAAGGAAUGCUUCAUGCUUUGUACUUCACAAAAGAAAAAGAAAAAGGCAACAAAUGGAAUAUAUUGUACAAGAACAAAUAUGUAGAAACAGACACAUUCAACAUGGAAAAAGAUAGAAAAAAACCAAGUAUUAUUCCUAAUAUGGAAGGGGAUGCUCUUGCUGUUUUCAUGGCUUUCCUUUUAAAUGUGUUAAGAUUUGGUGUAUUUCACAAAUAUCUAAGCAAUACAAGUGUGUUUGAGCACUCAAAGAAAUACUAUUCAAUUGCUGAAAAUCAUAUGCCUCAAGAGAUAAACAUACAAACUUUAGAAACUUUGGGAAAUUGGACUGUUAAUGGAGCUUGGAAUCGAUCAUUCACAGCCCAUCCAAAGAAAGUCCCAGGUACGGGUGAACUUGUUAUAAUGGGAACAUAUCCACUAAAGCCUUAUUUUGAGCUAGGAGUCAUUUCAGCUGAUGGAAAACAAAUGAUUCAUAAGGUGGAUCUCAAAUUAAAUAGGUGUAUUCUUUGCCAUGAAAUUGGAGUUACAAAAAGGUAUAAUGUGAUUUUGGAUUUUCCACUAACUAUGGACCUAACCAGACUUAUUAUUGGAGAGGAAUUAAUAAAAUACAAUGAAUAUGGAUAUGCAAGAAUUGGAAUAAUGCCACGUUAUGGUGAUGCUAACUCCAUUAAAUGGUUUGAAGUUGAACCAUGUUAUGUAUUUCACCUAAUAAAUUGUUUUGAAGAUAAUGAUGAGGUGGUGGUGAGGGCAUGUAGAGCUCGUCGAUGGAUUAUACCAAGACCAAAUGAGUCAGAGUUGAGUUUGGACACAUUGAACGAGACGAGUUUCAAUAAAAAUAACAUUGAAUCGUCAAAAGAUUUAUUUUCCUUUUUCAAUGUUUGUGAAUGGAGAUUAAACAUGAAAACAGGUGAAGUGAAGAUGAAAAAUCUAACUAAAAACAAUCAUCGGUUUAUUAUGGAAUUCCCAAUGAUCAAUGAACACUUCAUUAGUCUCAAAAACAAAUUUGGUUAUCAACAACUUGUUAAUUCAGAAACUUUCUUCAACUCUGCAAAGAAUUUAUCAGGAGGAUUUGCUAAAUUUGGAGGGCUAGCCAAACUUCAUUUUGAAGAAAUUUCUAAGGAUAUUAAAGAAGAAGAAGAUUUGAUUAAGGUUGAAUAUCACAUUUUCCCAAAAAAUACAUUUUGUAGUGGAGCUACAUUUGUUCCAAAACUUGAUGGUGUUGAUGAAGAUGAUGGUUGGAUUCUGACAUUCACACACAAUGAAAAUACAAAUCAAUCUCAAGUUUAUAUAGUUGAUGCAGAAAACUUUGAAAGUGAGCCAAUUGCCAUAAUCCUAUUACCAAAUAGAGUGCCAUAUGGAUUUCAUGGAGCCUUUAUGCCAUUCAACUUAUAGAUAAUAUGAAGAAUUAAACAGAUGAACAAU